AUGGGAAAAGCCCAGAAGAAGACGGGGAAGGGGCGUCUUGACAAGUACUACAAGCUCGCAAAAGAGCAAGGCUAUCGAGCUCGUUCUGCUUUCAAGCUAAUCCAGCUAAAUAAGAAGUACUCCUUUCUCGAGUCAGCCAGGUGCUGUAUAGAUCUAUGUGCUGCGCCGGGAGGCUGGCUGCAGGUGGCCAGCAAAUACAUGCCAGUCAAUAGUGUCAUCGUCGGCGUUGACCUCGUACCAAUAAAACCUAUACCUCGCGUCGUUACAUUUGCUGCCGACAUAACCACUCCUCAAUGUCGGAAUCUCAUACGCGGCGAGCUGAAGGACUGGAAAGCCGAUGUAGUUCUUCACGACGGUGCCCCAAAUGUUGGGACGGCUUGGAUUCAAGACGCUUACAGUCAGGCCGAGCUUGUGCUUAUGAGUCUCAAGUUGGCCGUCGAAUUUCUGGUCAGCGGCGGUACCUUCGUUACCAAGGUCUUCCGUAGCGUCGACUAUAACAAUCUCAUUUGGGUAUUCAAUCAAUUGUUUGGUAAAGUGGAAGCAACUAAACCCCCAUCAUCUAGGAAUGUCUCUGCCGAGAUCUUCGUCGUGUGCCGUGACUUCCUUGCUCCUAAACACAUUGAUCCCAAAUUCCUCGACCCAAAGCAUGUCUUCAAGGAUCUUGCCGCAUCCGCAGGCACGGACAAGGGCGCCUCCGCGAACAACGCCCAAGCAAACGUUUUCCACCCAGAAAAGAAACGUCGCAAACGUGACGGUUACGAUGAAGGAGAUUACACGCUAUUCCACAAGAUCCCUGUCUCCGACUUCGUGAAGGGCGAUGAUCCAAUAUCUGUUCUGGGAGUGGUGAACAAGAUCGAAUUCGGUACUGAAGAGGAAAAGCAGUGGGCUGCACUCCCCAUUACCACAGACGACAUCAAGGCCAACUGUGACGACCUGAAGGUGCUGGGGAAAGGCGACUUCAAGGCGCUGCUAAAAUGGCGAUUGGCUCUCCGUGAAGAAAUAGGCUUGGAUUUGAAAUCUUCGGGCGCAGACGAACCUCUUGAAGAGGCUGCAGAAGUUACGGAGUUUGACGAAGAACAGGAGAUACAAGACGAACUUCAACGUCUUAACGAUGAAGCCGCUGCUCGCGCAAAACGUGAGCGAAGGCGUGCUAAUGAAGUCAAAACCAGGACUAUCCAAAGAAUGCAGCUUCAAAUGACCGCGCCUUUGGACAUCGGGAUGGAGCAGAUUGAUCCUACCCUCGGCACGGGCCAAGAUGACAUGUUCGACCUUGGUCAUGCUGAGAGUGGCUUACGACGUGCUGGUGGCUUGUCCAAGCUGGGACAUCAUGGAGAGGACAUGAGCGACGACGAGUCAAGCCAGGGUGCACCUAGCGAUGAUGAAGAUGAGGCUCUGGAUUCUGAGGAAGAACGCGAAAGGAAAACUAGAGAGCUGGAGGAGCAACUGGAUGGUUUAUAUGAUUCAUACCAAGAACGUUUGCGGGAUAGAGAUGCUAAAGUCAGGGUGAAGGCGGCAAGGCAGAAGGAUACGGAAUGGUCGGGGGUGGGCGGGGGUGGAGACGAUGAUGACAGUGACGAAAGUGACGGAGAAGGUGGAUGGGAAGAGAUGGAGGCAGCAAAGGCCCUAGCAGACCAAUCAUCAGACGAAAGCGACGAUGAAGAUGAAGAUACUCCACCCCCAGAGACGAGUGGUAAACGAAAGCGUUCAAAACAGGAGCCUUCGAAACGUAGCACGAAGCAAGCACGUGUAGCACCUGCUCCUGAAUCAAAAAGUUCUCGCCUAUGGUUCAGUCAAGACAUUUUCGGCGAGAUAGGUGGACUUGACACCAUCGGUGACGAUAGUGAGCAAGAGUCUGAUGUUUCCAUGGAUGAAGAGGAGGAGGAGGCCCAAGAUGAUAAGAUUGACGAUAGCGACGAUGACGAGUUUGAAGUGGUCCCACAGGAGGCCGACGACGACGUUGAUAUGUGGGAUGUUGAGAACGAGGACGAAGACAAAAUCAAACAGGCAAAGAUAAAAAAAUUCGGCCUUCUCACACCUGAGGCAAUGACCCUCGCUCAGCAACUAGUCAACAGAGAGAAGACGAAGACGGAGCUCGUCAACGAUGGCUUCAACCGCUAUUCCCUCAACUCCAAAGACGGACUACCCGACUGGUUCCUCGACGAUGAGUCGAAGCACUACAAGACCAAUCUACCCGUUACCAAAGAAGGCAUGGCCGCGCUGCGUGCAAGACAACGCGCCCUAGAUGCACGACCCAUUAAGAAGGUUGCUGAGGCCAAAGCACGCAAGAAGAUGAGGGCCCAGCAGCGCCUUGAGAAGGCCUUGAGAAAGGCGGAAGGUGUCAAUGCUACCUCCGAUAUGACGGAGCGCGAAAAGGCCCAGCAGAUCGAAAAGGUCAUGCGCAAAGGCCUGUCCUCGGGCAACACACCAAAGAAGGACAUCAAGGUCGUCGUUGCGAAAGGUGUUCAUAAGGGUAUCAAGGGCAGACCCAAGGGUGUGAAGGGUAGAUACUCGAUGGUCGACGCCAGAAUGAGGAAAGAAGUACGCGCGAAGAAGAGAAAAGAGAAGGCCAACAAGAAAAGAUCACGAUAA